GAAGACUUCCUGAUUCCUGGGUUUUCCUGGUGGGAAGUGUGUGUGUGGUGUUUGUUUAUGUUGGAGAUGAGUGAAAGUGAGAACAUACACACUAACAGUAACAUUAUUACACAGGAGUUUAUAGCGUUAGAGGAUUUUAACGCUACAGGAGCAGAACAGUUGAGUUUCACAGCCGGAGACACGCUGCUGGUUCAUGAGCAGGUUUGUACAGACUGGUGGUGGGCCGAGCGGAGCGGCUGCUUCGGCUACGUUCCCUCAGCUUUCCUCCACCGAGGAGUCGAGGACGUGGAAGACGCCUGGCAGGACGAGGAGUAUUUCAGCACCUAUGGGACUCUGAAGCUUCACCUGGAGAUGCUCUCGGACCGGCCGCGUACCGAAACCUACAGACAGGUGAUCGUGAGCAACAGCGCCGCCCUGAGGGGGAAAGUGGUGAUGGAUUUGGGAUGCGGUACCGGCAUUAUCAGCCUCUUCUGUGGCCGUUUAGCACAGCCUGCAGCUGUGUAUGCGGUGGAGGCGAGCUCGGUGGCCGAACACACAGAGAAACUGGUGAAACUGAAUAGGUGUGAGGAUGUCGUGACCGUAUUUCGAUCCAGAGCUGAAGAUCUGAUGCUUCCGUCCAAGGUGGACGUCCUGGUCUCAGAGUGGAUGGGGAACUGCUUACUGUUUGAGUUCAUGGUGGAGUCUGUGCUCCGUGUGCGGGACCGCUGGCUGAAGGACGGAGGGAUGAUGUGGCCAUCUUCUGCCUCUCUGAGCCUAGUUCCCUGUCAGGCGCACGCUGACUACAGUCAGAAAAUGGAAUUCUGGGAAAAUCUCUACGGCCUGGACUUCAGCUGUCUGCAACCUGUUGCGCAGGAGGAGUUCUUCUCCAAGCCAAAAUUCAGCCAUCAGCUUGACCCUGACGACUGUCUCUCCACUCCAUGUAAUGUCAUCAGUCUGGACAUGCACACCCUGAGUGUGUCUGAUCUGGAGAAGCUGAGCGGAGAGUUCAGAUUCACCAUAGAAAGAUCUGGAACUCUGCAUGGCUUCACUGCGUGGUUCAGCACAUUCUUCCAUAGUUUAGAUGAGGGAGGAUCAUCACUGGAGCUCAACACCGGACCACACGCUGAGUCGACUCACUGGAAACAGACUCUGUUCAUGUUAGACGGACCAAUCGGAGUUGAGGAAGGCGACUGUGUGGGCGGGGCCAUCACGCUACAGAGGAACCCUAUUUGGAGACGGCACAUGUCAAUCACCAUAGAGUGGCGUAUAAAGAGGAGGAACGAUCCGACGUUCUGUGAGGAGAAGACAAAGCGUUUCCCCAUGUGGAGGUGACUCUCAGCUCAGGAUUCACGCAGUACAGCGCUGACGCACUCCUGCUGGACUGUCUACGUUGGUUUAUUUACUCCCUUAGCCUAAAAACUGAUAUUUUUUUUAUUUUUUUUUAAAUAUUGCUGACAAAAAAAGUGCAAAACACAAUGUUAAUUCCUGAAAUUGACUCCGUUAGUUCAAUAUGUUCAAUAGAUAGUUAUGUGUGUAACGUCUUAUGAUGCGUUCUGCUCUCAGCCAAUCGAAACACACGGUUUUAUACUGACAUAAGCGAUGUAUGUACUCAAUUUUUCUGAACUGAUGAAAUAAAAACAGUUCUUCGUCACGGA